AUGCAUGUCCCCGAAUCCCAGCGACCGUUCCUCGAUAACGUGCAGGAGGUUCUUCGUCGGUAUGAUACACAGCUGAAAGAUAUCAAUUAUAAAAUCUGGUCUAACCCUGAGCUUGCAUAUGAAGAGUACCAAGCCCAUGAUCAUAUCUGCGACCUUUUUGACAGCCUCAAGUCAAAUGGGUAUGCAGUUCGUCGUAAGGUGCAUGGAAUCAAUACUGCUCUCGAGAUAGAGUAUACCUACGGCAGCGGGGGUCGAGUGAUUGCGUUUAAUGCCGAAUACGAUGCUCUUCCGGGCAUUGGCCAUGCCUGCGGACACAAUCUGAUCGCCACGAGCUCAAUCGCAGCUUUUCUCGCUACGUGUGAAGCAAUGAAAGUCCAAGCAGAGUCGCAUUCGGUAUCAGGUUUCACAGUCCGAUUGCUCGGAACUCCAGCCGAAGAGUCGGGCGGCGGCAAGGUGAAACUCAUCAAUGCGGGCGCCUAUAAAGAUAUCGAUGCGUGUUUGAUGGUCCACCCGGUUCCCAUGGCACCAGGAAGCCCAGAUCUGCUGAGCAUGGCGACAGUGGUUGAAGGGGGGUUCUUAGCAAAUGAUAAAGUCAAGGUUACUUUCACCGGCAAGCCAGCCCACGCAGCCGCUGCUCCGUGGGAGGGCAUUAAUGCACUUGAUGCGGUGGUUUCGGCCUAUGUGAAUAUAUCGAUGCUUCGGCAGCAAAUCCUGCCCACGCAGAAGAUUCACGGGGUAAUUGUCAAUGGAGGUGAUCGGCCAAACGUGAUUCCUAUGUCCGCCACUGUGGACUAUUAUAUUCGAUCUCCUACCAUCAAGACUCUGAAGCCAUUGACCGAGAAGGUCAUCAAGUGCUUCGAAGCAGCUGCGAUGGCUACUGGCUGCAAAGUCGAGUUUGACUGGGGUAUCUCAUACGCGGAUCUCAAAACCAAUCUCCCGAUUUGUGAGAGCUAUGUCACGGCUAUGCGCGCCAUGGGCCAUCAUACCCUGCUCGAUAACUCUGAGAAAAAGGGUCCAUUAGCCGGAGCAUCCACUGAUAUGGGCAAUGUUUCAUACGUUGUGCCUGGAUUCCACGGUAUCUUCUGUAUCCCAGCCGAGGGCGUCAACCACACUCCCCAAUUUACCAAUGGAGCUGGAUCACCCGAGGCGUUUGAGAGAGGAAUUGCCUGUGCCGCGGGAAUGGCAGUCGUUGCCUGUCAGAUCCUAGUGGACGACAAGUUUGCCGAGGCAGUUAGGAAGGAUUUCCAACGCGAGUGA